AUGAAUAUGGGUGGCGCACCAUCCAAAGGUGAUACUCUCAAGCAGUACAGCGUAGAUCUCACUGAACUAGCAAAAUCCGGAAAGUUGGAUCCUGUAUUAGGCCGUGAUGACGAGAUAAGGAGAACAAUUCAGAUUCUGUCACGCAGAACUAAAAGCAAUCCAGUUCUUCUCGGUAAUCCAGGUGUCGGUAAAACAGCGAUCCUUGAAGGUUUAGCACAACGUAUCGUUAACAAUGAGGUACCUGAAUCAUUACAAGGACGUAGAGUUCUCAGUUUAGAUCUUGCUGGCAUUAUUGCGGGUGCAUCAUUUAGGGGUUCAUUUGAGGAACGUUUCAAAGCUUUAUUAGCUGAUAUUGAAGCAGAGCAAGGAAAAAUCGUCGUUUUUAUCGACGAAUUACACACUCUACUCAAUCUAGGCAAAGCAGAAGGUAGUAUUGACGGUGGAAAUCUCAUUAAACCACAGUUAGCACGUGGUUUGCAACUUGUCGGUGCAACUACCCUAGAUGAAUACCGUAAAACGAUAGAGAAAGAUGGCGCACUCGCCAGAAGAUUCCAACCAGUACAAGUUGAAGAACCAAGUUUGGGCGCUACAAUCUCUAUCCUCAGGGGUCUAAAAUCGAGAUAUGAAACACACCAUGGUGUCAUUAUAGGAGAUGAUGCACUCGUGGCUGCUGCAAAACAUAGUGAUAGAUACAUAAGUGAUCGAUUCCUCCCUGAUAAGGCGAUAGAUCUCGUUGAUGAGGCUGCCUCUACUCUUCGUUUAGCUCAGGAGAGUAAGCCAGAAUCAUUAGCUAAACUUGAUAGGGAUAUACUGGAAAUUCAGAUCGAAUUGCAGUCAUUACAGAACGACGACAACGCAUUAUCAGUUGAACGUAAAGAAACUUUGGAGAAGCAACUCAAGGAAUACGAAGAGGAGUCAAGAAAUUUGACAAAGAUAUGGAAUGAUGAGAGAUCCAAAAUCUCCGAUGCUAAAGUAGCCAAAGAAGAGCUCGAAAGGGCAUUCAUCGAUCUUGAGAUUUCUCAGAGGCACGGUGAUCUUGAGCGAGCAUCGAGAUUACGUUACGAGUCCAUACCUCAAUUACAAAGAGACAUCGAGAUCGCAGAAAAGCAAGCCGAAGAAGGUACAACUAUGUUAUUGGUAAAGGAUAGAGUUGCCAGUGACGACAUCGCUAGAGUCAUUUCCCGUAUGACUGGUAUACCAAUAAGCAAUCUCCUUCAGGGCGAAAUUGAGAAACUACUUCACUUGGAAGAUAAAUUAGCUGAGAGAGUCGUCGGUCAAGAUCAUAUUAUUAAGGCAGUAGCUGAUGCUGUUAGACUCUCAAGAGCAGGUCUUCAGUCAAGCAGCAGACCAAUCGCUUCUUUCCUCUUUUUGGGACCAACUGGUACAGGCAAAACUGAAUUAUCGAAGGCCCUUUCAGGUGCAUUGUUCAACGACGAAAAGCGCUCAUUGAUUAAUAUCAAUAUGUCAGAAUACCAAGAAAAGCAUACAGUAUCUAGAUUAGUUGGUGCCCCUCCAGGAUAUGUAGGAUAUGAGGAAUCAGGUCAACUCACGGAAGCUGUAAGACGUAGACCAUAUUCUGUCGUCUUACUCGAUGAAUUUGAGAAGGCCCACCCGGAUGUCUCCAAUAUUAUGCUGCAAUUGCUCGACGAAGGUAGUCUGACUGAUAGCCAAGGUCGAAAGGUUGACUUUAGAAAUACAAUAAUUAUCGCAACAUCAAAUCUUGGUUCAGACAUACUCACAAGACCUGAAUCGACUGGUCCAGACGAGAAUGUCACAGAAGAGGCAGCUAAGGAGGUCAUUGAAAGGGUAGAGAAGGUCUACCCUCCAGAAUUACUCAACAGACUAGAUCAUAUAUUAGUCUUCAACAAGUUGAACCACAAAUCGAUUAAGGAUAUUGCCAAACUUCGCAUCCAAGAAGUUAACUCUAUGUUAGGGGAGAAGCACAUGUCGUUGGACGUUAGCGAAGAUGUCAUUAAUCAUCUUGCAGAAGUUGGAUAUUCAUCGACCUAUGGCGCUAGAGCUAUACAGAGGACUGUAAGAUCAACUAUAGCCAAUCCACUUGCAAAGAAGAUAAUUCAAGGAUCUAUUCGUGAUUCUGAAACUGCAAAGAUUGUCAUGCGUGAUGGACAGGUGGAAAUCAUUGAUAACCAUCUACCAAAGCCAUUAGAUGAGGCACUUCCGAAGCACGUUAAAGCUGAAGACGAAGAAUCUCUAAGAGCUGAUGAUCAUGAUGAUCCUGAUCAACACAAAUAUUAG